AUGUCUUCUUUACUCUUUCCUUCCUCGGUACGACAUUCUUCUCUUUUUCUGAAUGACUUUCCAGCCAACCUUCGUCGUGAUGAUUUCUUUAAUCUUUCCUAUCCAACCUUCUUCGUGAUGAUUUCUUUUAUCAUUCCUCUGUUGAGUAAACGUCUUUGUAUUUUUCUUUCUUGCGAUGAAUACUUUUGUUUUUCCUUCUUCAAGAUGUCUUCUUUACUCUUUCCUUCGUCGCCAACCUUCUUCGUCAUUACUUCAAUUGUCAUACCUAUGUUGAGUAAACAUCUUUGUAUUUUCUUUCCUUGGGAUGACUACUUUUGUUUUUCCUUCAUCAAGAUGUCUUCUUUGCUCUUUCCUUCCUCAAUGUCUUCUUUACUCUUUCCUUCCUCGGUACGACAUUCUUCUCUUUUUCUGAAUAACUUUCCAGCCAACCUUCUUCUUGUCAUACCUAUAUUGAGUAAACGUCUUUGUCUUUCUUUCCUUGGGUUGACUACGUUUGUUUUUCCUUCAUCAAGAUGUCUUCUUUACUCUUUCCUUCCUCGUAAACGUCUUUGUCUUUCUUUCCUUGGGUUGACUACGUUUGUUUUUCCUUCAUCAAGAUGUCUUCUUUACUCUUUCCUUCGUCGGUAUGACAUUCUUCUCUUUUUCUGA